AUGGGGCGCCUCUCUCGAUCCAAGGCAUCGGCCCACGGGCUUGGUACCUUCGAGAACAUGACUAUAUCUGGUCCGGGCCACAAUGCUGCCGGCAACGCGCCCAGCUACAACCAAUUUGCUCUUCUCCGAGAUCGUGACACUAACAGUGGCGAGAACACGCCAAACUUCAUCGAUUCGCUAACCGCCAAGCUCAAGGAGCUUCACAUAUAUAGUCCUAAAAAGGACCGCGUCGACAGGUCACUGCUGGCCCCCGUGUGUUGCCGUUUGAACCGAUUGACCAUUGAUACCAAGAUCGUUAGCACCCUCGGCAACGUCAAGGAAGGAGCUCAGCACUCGACCCGAGACUCGGCCGUGACCGAAUCCACGCAAGGACCAUUCCCUGACUGGCUGCCUCAAAGGCACAAACAAGACGAGGGUGUCCCGUUGUCGGCUGAAACAAGCACUUAUCAAUCUGCCCUCUUUGGCCAGGCGCCGAACUCAUUUGAAGCCAGCGACCCCAACUUUUUGACCCAAGUCCUCUGCGCAGCCAACCUCGAUCACCACGCUCUGGGCAUCAAACCUGGUAUUGAGUCAUCCAUCGCACGGCACAAGGCAGGUCAGUAUGACUAUGUGCUUUCGGUUCUGGGCCCGGACGGCGGGGCCAAGCGCGACAACGCGCCCAGCGGACGGGGCGGCUUGACGCUGGACUUUGGCUGCAACGUCUUGGUGCAGACCGAUUGCAUUCGUGAAGGUGUCUGCGGCCAGAGCAAACCAGCUAAUGCCUACAAGAUUCUAGCCACACCUUUUGUGACUGAAGACGCAGAUCAAGACGCGGCUCAGCCCUCUGGAGAGACGGAAGACAUGGCCGCCGUCGCGGAGCCCUCUGUUCGUCUGACCUCGCCAACUCGUGUCGGGGAGGAGGCUGCAAUGAACAACUCGGCGCCUUCGGGGUUCGCUGUCUCUGUCGCCGAGGACAGGCAUACACAGGAGCCGUCUUUGGACCAGAUCGAAAACUGCAAAGGCAGAGUGGCUUCCAUUUCUACGGACGAGGGCAGUGUGCCGGUAAAUGGGGCUCCUCGCACACCCUCUCGGUCUACCUCCACCAGCUCGCGCUCUCGGAUUGAAGACUCCGUCGAGGCUAUUGACAGGCUCGAAGAGGAGUUAGAGGCCGUACACAUUGCCGCACGGCUGGCAACGCCCACUAAGUCGGGCCGGAACCGGUCUAGAACAGAUGAUGGCGCAACUGCGGCUGUCACGGCCAUGAAUCGAACGACCUCGACGCUGAAGCGGGCCCAUUCAACUGGCGCUGAGCUCAAGCCUGUUCUACUAGCACGCACCGCGCAGAGGAAGUCGGUCUCGGCGACAGACAACGACGCAGCAAAGGCAUCGCCAGGGAAAUCGCCCACCAGAAGAUCCACUGUAGCCCGCCCGACCAGCUUGCUGCCACCCAAGCCACCCGUCAAAUCCACAAAGGCCCCUACAAAGCCCUCGUUUGAGCUGCCAGGAGAAGCCGUAGCUCGGCGGAUCAAGGAACAGCGCGAGGCCCGCCUUGCCCAACAGGCUGCGAAGGCCGCGCCGCCAGCCCCGCAGCGAAGCAGGUCAUUGAAGGUGCCGACGCGGCCCAAUUUCGAGCUUCCCGGCGAGGCGAUCUCGCAACGCAAGAGGGCGGAGCGAGAGGCUCGUCUCAAGGCACAGGAGGAGGAAGAACGGAAGCGGCGCGAGUUCAAGGCGCGCCCUAUCAAGGCGAAUCUCGGUUCCGCUGUACCUCCUCGAGAGACCGUGACCAGUCGUGCCCGUCAAAACAAGGGGUCCGAGGCGGACGAAUGUCGAUUCGAGGAAAGCCAAUCCAAGCGCAGGUCGAUGGUUGGUACCCCGCACACCCUUGCGAGGACCUCCUCAACGAGGUCUCCUCAGACCCGAGGCAGAGGUAUGUCGUUGACGGCGAUGACGGACCAGGCCAGUCGUGCUACGUCGACGUCGACGAGUAGCAUGAGUGGCAAGCGAAGCACGCUGUCGGCCGAAGACCUGGAGCACCAGAGGCACAUAGGCAAGGAGAUCUUCCAACGCGACAAUUGCUACAUCAAGGAUAAGGAGCGAGAACGUCGCGAACGUGAAUGGAAUGCCAAGAUGGCUCGCGAGCAGGCCGCCGAACGCUCCAGGCAAGCCGGUCGGGAAUGGGCCGAGAAGCAGAGACGUAAACAGCUCGCCGCCACGGCUGCCACGGCCAGUCAGGCAGCGUGA